AUGGCGAGCAUUCGCGAGGACGGCCCGGAAGAGGGCAGGGGGCUGCAGGCGUACUUCCAGGCGCUAGGGGUGCUCCAUCUGGGCACGUCUGAGCCGGAUUACGGCCUGGCGACGUGCGGCGUGGCGACCUGCGACUCCGUGCCGCUCGUGUGCUUCUUCAACGGAGCGGGCGUCUUCGUCGCGGACCCGGAAACGCUUCUUCGGAGCGCGCAGCUCGGCGAGGACACCGGCAAGGUGCAUCCUCAGGAUCCCGGCGAUGUCGGAGUCACGACGAUCCCCAUCAGCGGCGUCACGGGCGUCGCAAUAUCCGAGGACGCGCGCGCGCUGGCUGUUGCCACCGGCGACAGCCUGCAAAUCUUCUCCACGGCAGACCUGCUCUCAGGACAGCCGCCGGACCCGGUCGCACGCCACAGCACACCACACAUCGUGCACCUGCAGUUCCAGCCAGGCGAUUCCGCCGCCCCCGGACGCAGCAGGCUCCUCUUCCUCUCCUGCCCACCAGGCGAAGCCGCCGGCACGCUCUACCUCACCGAGCCGCACGGCGCAAACCCCACGCAGCUCUCCAUCCCGCCCUGCUACGGCGCCUGCUGGCUCGCGUGCGGCAGCGGCAUCGCCGCGUCCACGGGGCGGGCCCUUGUUUUCAUCUCCACCUCCGGCACCGUCGCCGCGUCGCUCGCGCCCGCGCAGCUCAGCGCCGACGACGACGGCAGCGCAGACGCCCCGUACAUCAUCAGCGGGGUCGCCGCCGUCGCCCCGGACCGCCUCCUCCUCGACGUCACCUCGUUUCAGGAGCCACGCAACGAGCCUGCUUUGCUGGUCGCUCCGGCGGGCGCCGGCUCGCUGAUGGCGGCGGCGGGCGGGGCGGGGGGCGGCCUGGAGUCCGCGCGGCUGAUCAGCGUGCUUGCGCCGCCGUCGGCGGCGGAGCUGGGCAUCGAGGAUGGGGUGCACGGCGGGCGGAUGUGCGCGCUGUUGAUGGCGGGGGGCGUGCCGGCGUGGGGGCUCGCGGUGACGGCGCACCGGCUCGCGAACGACUUCCAGGUCGGCUUGAUUGAUACGGAAGCCGCGGCCCCCGAGGACUUUUACAUGGACCGGCGGCCCGUCUUCCCGCCCCUCGCCGACGACGUCGACGGCAACUACGUGGUCGGGCUCGCCGUGAUGCGCUGCGCUGUACCAACCAUCGCCGCCGUACCCCAUCCAGAAGACAAAAACAAAGCACUGCCCCCCUCGCCCCUCGCCCUCAUCGUCACCGCGGACGGCCGCCUGCGCUGCUUCGCGGUCGCGGCGCUCAACUUCGCCACCGACGCCGGAGAACACAUGAUGCCGUAUGACAUCAACCCCCUCACAGCCACCCGCGGCGACGCCGCGCCGCAACCGCUGCGGCUCGAAGGCGGCGCGCCCGCGGCCGGCAACCCCGACCUGGCGGCCGCGGCGGCAGCUGCGCUCCCGACCGACGACGACGACGACUUGUGGGAGGAUGAAGCUUCGGACGGCGCUCCGGAGACGCCGCGCGGCGACUCUGGACCGGCGGCGGGCGCGCAGGCCGAGCGGAGCGCGCCUGCGAGCGGCGGGUCUGGGUUCGGAGCGGCGGGCUUCGCGUUCGGCGCGCCGGCGGGGUCUUCUUCGGCCGGGUUUGCGUUUGGCGCACCUGCAGGGCAGAAGGGUGCAGGGGGCGCGGCGCAAGGAGCGCGAGCGGGCGGGUUCGGUCUGCCUGCGUCCAGCGAGGCUGCCGCGGAGCCUGCGCGCGACGGGGGCGCGAAGGGGCUCGGUGCGGGGGCGUUUGGCGGGCCGAGCGCGCCUGCGGUGAGCGGGAGCCAACCCGCGGGCGCGUUCGGCUUCGGAGCGCCCGCCAAGGCAGCUGAGGCGACGGAGACAGCCCGCGUCGAGUCCACGGGGGCUGCGAAGGGCGGCGCGGGGUUCGCGUUCGGAGCUCCCGCGCAGACCGAGCCCGACGCCCCAGGGGGGUCAAAAGCGGGGGGGGGGGCGUUCGGGUUCGGUGGGCCCGGCUCCCAGGAAGCGAGCAGGCCGGGCGGCGCAGGCUUCGCGUUCGGAGGCCCGGCCGCGUCGGGGGCGCCGGCAGCAACAACACCGUCGGCACAACCGGCAGGUUUCGGAUUCCCGUCGUCGACGGCGAGGGACGCCGGGGCGCCGGCGGCGGGGCUCGGCUUCGCGGGGGGCAAGCCGGGAUCGGCGACGGGCGCGGAGCCGGCGGCGAAGCCCGCCGGAGGGUCCGGGCUGGGUCAGACGCUGGGAGCGGGGGGGUUGAGCUUCGCUCCUGCCGCGGGGCCGAGCACGGCCGCGGCUGCGCCGGCCGACGCGGGCCGGUCCAAGGAGAAGCAGGCCGAAGCUGAAACGUCUCGUGCGGCUGCCACGUCGCCCCCGGGGAGCCAGCAGCCCCCCGCCGCGCCCACGACGGCGACAUACCCAUCCCCGGCGCUAUCCACGCCGUCGCCGGCGGCUGCGUCCAGUGGCGGCACGACGGCGCCGUCUGCGGCGCGGGCGCAGGACGGCCCCACGCCGCCCAGCGACGCAGGCCCGGCCCGCGGCGCAACCCCGGCGUCCGUUGGGUCGCAGCUGCUGCCGCCCGGCGCGCUGUCGCCGGAGAUGCUGCUGGAGUGCGUUCGGCAGAUGAGUAUCGCAGAGAAGGCGCAGUUAGCGGAGGCGUUGCGACCUGCUUUGUCGUCGCCGGGGCUGACGGCGCCGAAACGCACGGAAGAUGCGCAUGAGAGCGAGCGGCGCACGGACAGCUCCGGCACGGUCGAGGACUCGGGCGACGAGGACGAGGGGGAGCGCGGGCGGCAGGCGCCGCCGUCGCCGGAGCCGCGCCCGCGGCCGUAUCCCGCCGAGGAGGCUUCGGGCGGACCGCCGCCGCCGCGGGCGGUGGACGCGAAGUGGAGCGUGCCGGCGGACGUGCGCGCCGAGUUCGACCGCCUCGGGUCGUGCGGAGAGGAGGCCGUGAAGACCGAGAAGGGCAUGCGAGAGAGCAUCGAGAGGGUCCGUCAGCUGCGCGCGCAAGCAGCGUCGCUGCAUGCCACGACGACACAGCACGUGCCGCCGGGCGUGAGCGUCUCGCGCCUCUUCAGCCACGCCGUCACCGCGGGCGGCCUCGCGCAGCUCGACGACGCCGUCACGGACCUCGCAAGACACUUCGGCGAGCACCGCAGCGACCUGGCAACGCUCAAGCGCGCCGGCGAUCACGUCCAGGGCCGCCUCGAGCACCUCAAGCAGUGCGUCAAGAGCGCGCGCGACGCCAUCGACGCGGUCCCGUCGGGAGAAGACGGGGCGGCGCCUCCUGGGUGGCUCGGACACCCUGACGUGUUGCAUGCGCACGCUGAGCUGAACAAGGUGUCGUUACAGGUCCGCUGCGAGCUGGAUGCGCUGCGCGAGGCGCGCGAGCAGGCUGCGAAGAUCGGGGGCACUCCUGCGCGCCGUGGGGCGCUGCCGGCGUCCGAAGCGGGGAUGACCGGGCUGCGCGGGGCAGCGCAACAGCGAGCACGCAUCGGGGCGCGUGCGGGCGGCGCGGGCGGAGCCGCGGACGCCGCGGACGUGGAGCGGCUGGUCCGGCAGGCGCACGAGCGCGUGAAUGCGCUGACGCGGCGGCUGGAGGCCGUGCAUGCUGGGGAGCGGGCGCUGCCGGCAAGCGACGUUGUUUCGAGGAUCGCCACGUGGGAGGCCGGGGCGGCGCGGCCGGCGGCGCCGUCGCCGUGGCGCGUGUCGCGGGAGGUGCGCGCGGACAUCGAGCGGUCGAUCCGGGCGAAGACGGUCAGCGCGAGCGGGGGGCCGCGGGUCUACGUUGAGAGGAGUACUGUCAAGAAAAGGCCCCCCCCUGACGACAGGGCGGUGGUGGAGGCGCCGACGCCCGCGGGCCGGCCGUCUCCGCUGCCGAUGCAGGCGCUCACGCCCGCGAUGGCGUCCCCCGCCGCCGCACGGCCAGCGUCGCCGGGCGCCUAUUUCAGCGCGUCGUCCGCGAUGCCGGCCGAAGACAUCGCGUCGCCGCCGCCGCGCACCGCGGCGCCAACGCCCGCCGCGGAACCGGCGAGCCCGGCCCCGGCGAAGAGCGCCGCGCCGAAACCUGCGCCAGCGCUGACGUUCGGCGGCGCCCCGCCUGCGACCAAGCCGGCGGCAGCGGGCGGGCUGUUCAUGGCGGGGAGCUCGUCGGGGCCGGCGAGCAAGCUGACGUUCGGCGGCGGCGCAGCGGCGUCGCUCCCAGGCGGCGGGGCACCUGCCAAGGAAGCCCAGGAGGGCGCGGCGUCCAGCAGCACGGCAACAGGUGCGUCUGCGCGGCGUUUCACGCCAUCUAGCUCGUUCGCCGGCGCGCGGGAGGGCUGCGUGUUCAAGCUGGGCCCGUCGGGUCUGGGGUACUAUUGCGACACCCCCCCUGAGUCCGUCGUGCCGGUGCCGUCCGACGAGGAGCUCGCUGAGCUGAAACGCCAGGCGCGGCGCGAACGUGCAGAGGCGAAGGCGAAGCGCACCGAGGCGGCCAGGGCCGCGGGCGACGCUGCAGCGAAGCGUGCCACUACAACAUCGACGUCCCCCGCGGGCGGCGGCAGCGGAAUCCAGUUCGCCACGAAACCGGCCGCGACGGCGGGCGGGGCGCCUCCGGAGCCGACGUUGGAGCAGCUCAAGGCCCUCCAGGGCUUCAAGGCGAGCGUGGCGAAGCCCGCGGGCGCGGGCACGGAGACGGGCAGUGCGUCGGCGACGGCGAAGGCUCCAGAGACGACGCAGACGCAGGGGGGCGCGCAGCAGGCGGGCAAGGACGCGGCGGCGAAGAAGAGCGGGGGCUCGGGCGCACCGCCGGAGCCCACGCUGGAGCAGCUGAGGUCCCUGCAAGGGUUCAAGCAGCAGACCUUGAAACAGGUCUCGUCUUCCGCCGAUCAGUCCGGGGCCGGACCCAGCACCGCCAAGGCCGCGACCGGCACGAAGCCCGCGGGCGGCGCGCCGCCUGAGCCCACCCUGGACCAGCUCAAGGGUCUCCAGGGCUUCAAAGCGAGCGUCGGCGCGGCGUCCACGGCGCCGGGCACCAGUGCCGCGCCCGCGACCUCGCAGGCGCCCAAGAAGGACGCCGACCCCUUCGGCGGCGGCUUCGGCAAGCUCUCCUUCGGCGGCGGCGCGUCCACGGGCGCUUCGUUCGGCGGCGGCGCGUCCACGGGCGCUUCGUUCGGCGGCGGCGCGUCCACGGGCGCUUCGUUCGGCGGCCUCGCCGCGGCGGCUCCGCCAGCGUUUGGCGCCGCGCCGUCGUCGUCCGCCUCGGCGCCGCUGUUCGGGUCCAGCGCGGCCACGACGUCCGCGCCAGCAGCGCUGUCCGGCUUCGGCGCGCAGAUGUCGAUGCCUGCGGCGUCCACACCGGCCGCGCCCACAACAACGACCCCGCCGGCCACUGGCGGCUUCGGGCAGCCGCCCGCCGCGUCGACCGGCGGCGCGUUCGCGUUCGCGAGCGGCGGCGGGUUCGGGUUCGGCGCCUCGAGCGCCGCGGGCGCCGCUGCGGCCAGCAGCGCCGCCGCGCAGCCCCCCGCAGCCGCAGCCAGCAGCGCAGGGGCCUUCGGGUUGGGCAGCGCGCCCGGCGCGUUCGGGGCAUCGACCACCCCGACCACAGGCUUCGGCGCAUCGCUGGGCACGCCGGCAGCGUCGAGCGGAGGCUUCGGGACGCCCGCGGUGUCCUCGCCGUUCGGACAAGCGCCUAGCACUGCAACGGGCGCCAGCGGCCUGUCCGGGAGCUCCGCGGCCGCAUCGGGGGGCUUCGGCGCGUCGUCGGGCUUCGGCGGGCAGAAGCCCGCGACGCCGGGGGGCUUCGGACAGCCGAGCAGCUUCGGCGCGCCGUCGGCGUUCGGCGGCGGAGUGACGACGGCCACGGGAUCCGCGUUCGGCCAGCCCCCCGCGUCAACGAUGGCGGGCGUGGGCGGCGGGGCGGCGGCGGGCGCGUUCGGGCAGCCGAGCGCGUUCGGCGCGCCGGCCGGCGGCGGUGCCACGGCGGCGGCCGGUGGGUUUGGGCAAGCAAGCUCGUUCGGUCAGCAACAGCCACAAGGCGGGCUCGGCGGCGCGGCGGGCGCUGGGGGGUUCGGACAGCCGAGCGGGUUCGGGCAGCCGAGCGGGUUCGGGCAGCCGAGCGGGUUUGGGCAGGGCAGUGCGAUUGGGCAACAGCAGGGAGCGGGGGCGAGUCCGUUUGGCUCGGCGGGCGGGGGGGGGUUCGGCGGGCAGAGCGGGGGCGGGUUUGGGGCGCUGCGGAAGUAG